UUCUCUUCUUAAUACACAGCCCAUGGAGCGAGAGACGGUGGUAUGCCACCCAGAUCUAGAGGAUCUGUUCCAGGCCUGGCCAGCAGAGCUUCCUGAUGAAUUCUUUGAGAUCACUGUGGAUGACGUGAGGAGACGCUUGGCUCAGUUGAAAAGUGAACGGAAGCGCCUAGAAGAAGCACCAUUGGUGACCAGAUCUUUGCGAGAAGCUCAGAUGAAAGAAAAACUGGAACGAUAUCCAAAGAUUGCACUGAGAAUUCUGUUCCCUGACCGAUACAUCCUACAAGGCUUCUUUCGCCCAAAUGAAACAGUAGGAGAUUUGCGAGACUUUGUGAGAAGUCACCUGGGAAAUCCUGAAUUGUCCUUUUACCUGUUCCUUGCUCCUCCAAAAACCAUCCUGAGUGACAACACACUGACUCUCUUCCAGGCUAACCUCUUUCCUGCUGCCCUUGUUCAUUUUGGGUCUGAAGAACCAACAGAUUUCUACUUGGAGCCCCAGCUGCUGGAGAACACCAUCUCUCCGUCUUCUGCUGAUGUGCUGGUGGCCAGGUGUAUGUCCAGGGGCUCAGCGACACCAACUGUUUUGCCAACCCUUGAGCCUGAGCUUUCUGAACCGGAGGAAUCAGCCGAAGUGGCAGUAGAACCCCCAGAACCAGUUGCAGGAACUGCUCAGCCUGUGAGGAGGAAUCUAGGCAAAGUGCCCAAGUGGCUAAAACUCCCAGCUGGAAAGAGGUGAGAGCCCAUCAUGAAAGGAGGGGACUCCUCCUCUACCCCUGCUACUCCUAUCCACUCCCCACCUGAGCCAGGAAUAAAGAAUUGGUGUGCUCCUCCUAA